GUCUCUCAAAAAAUCGUCGCGUGCAUCUCGGACCUGUGCGACCUCCCUGGACGUUCAUAUAGAACAUGAGCCUUCUAUGUUCAGCACGACUUCGAUGCGCUAAACGCGCGCUGAAGCCCCGGUACUCCCGAGGUGUCAUGGGCCAAUUUGACCACCUUCCGCUACCACUACCGUAUUCUAUGAAGGACGGACUCGGGAAAUUCCUACCACCGCCCGCGCUCGAGACCGUGGCUAUGGACUAUCAGCUGGGACUUUUGAAACGUUUGACGGAGGAGGUUCGCAAUACUGAAGAAGAGGGCCAGUCGGUUACGCAAGUAAUUCUGAGCACAGCUCCGUAUCGAGAGAAGACGCUUGCAUUUAAUUAUGCAAGUCUCGCUCUCAACAACAGUUUUUUCCUGGGACAGCUGACACCUAAUCCUGAGCUCGCUGACGAGAAUCGAAUGGGUGAACUGCUCAGAAAACAAAUUCAGAACGAUCACGGCAGCCUGGACCAGCUGAAAUCUACCUUCUCAGCCGCCGCUAUGGGCCUUUCCACCUCGGGAUGGAUAUGGUUCGUGUCGGACCAAAAUGGUGGAACAGCCGUGCUUCCGACGUUGGGUCCGGGGACCUUGCUCGUUCGUUCUCGAACCUACAUGGCAACGAACAUCCAUCCCCACAUCCCCGAGCUUUCCUCCAACCCUGACGAAUGGGACCCAUCGCACGAGUACACGGACAAGUACCUGAACCAGCCCCCUCCUCUGUCGAGUGGCAUGACCGCUCCGCCACCUACUCACACAGGCUCGGCCAGCUCGGGCCCGGCUUCUGGUCUCGGCAGUGCUACGCCUUUGCAGAGGAUGUUCAUGCAUACAAGUGCGCGUCGGCUGUCAGCAUUCAGUGCGGCAAACGCACAGCCAGCGGGCAUACACGACGCGGACUCUGUCAGGUCAAAACCAUUGACUACCACGGAUGCCAUCCACACCGGCAAAACGCUGUACCCGCUCUUUUGCGUUUCUGUGCACGAGCACGCGUGGCUUUCCGCUGGAUACGGCGUCUGGGGCAAGGAGGAAUGGCUGCGGGAGUUUUGGUCUGUGCUGAACUGGGAGCGCGUGGGUGAGGCAUACGAGAAGAUCCGGGCAACGACUGCAUGAAGUGAAACUCGAGCUCACCCUCCCCCCACUCAUUUGAAUCAUAGAUUUGUAUGAAUACCACAGACUAAUU